GAUUGUGUAAUUAAAUAAUAAAACAAUCCUUAAGUCUGAUUUGGAGAGAGCUCGAGCGGGGUCCAGAGGGUGGAACCGGUGAAUUUUUCAACUUCCAAGUUUUGCAACGAAAGAAAGCGAGAGAGGGAGGGGAAAAAAAGAGCCCAGAGCAGAAAGAGAGGAGUUUGGAGCCGAGCGGGAGAGCGGGAUUUAUCGUUUGGGAUUUUUCAGGAGCGCGUUCCGAUACCCCCGGGCUCUGGGCAGCCGCGGCAGCAGCAGCAGCCUCCUCGCUCGGCCGGGUCAGACGCGGGGCGAGGCGGGCGGCGGGCGGGCAGCCGGGAGUGGAGGAGUCGGCGCGGGCGGCGGCGGCUGCAGCCGGGGACCGCGCGCCGCGAACCUCUUCCGCCCGGGAGACCUGCGCUCGCGCCCCCUCCCUCACCCCGGCCUCUGCCGGCUCUCCCACCCACCCCGCCCCCACCCCGGCCCUCUCCCGCGCGCGCCCCGCCACCCGCGCGCACUCGCUCACGCUCCCCCCUCGCGCACACACAUGGUCGGCUCGCGGCAAAGUUUCGCCUGCGAUCGCCACUCCGGGAUCCUGCCGCAGUGCUUGGGGCUGUAACCUUGAACUUUCCCAGCGCGGUGACACAUUCUCCUCGCUCUCCCUCCCGCCCUCUCUCCUGCGCCCCCCUCCCCGCCUUUUUUAAAAAAGCAUUUCAUCACCAACCACCACCCCAAUCCGACCCACACCGAACCUUCGCUCACCCCCUAGCCCCCAACAACAACAACAACAACAACUGCAAACAGAAAACAAAUCCCCAAACCCAGGCGAAAAGCAGCCAGCACCGGCGGCGGCGGCGGCGGCCUCGGCGAGCACGGCCAGCGCGCUCGGACUGCAGGAGGGUUAAAAGUGUAGAUUGGAUUUCACCCCGGGAAAUCUAGCACGCCGAGUGAACUUGAAUCUUUGGCUAUUUAAGGAGGACUGGGUUUGUUGUGAAGUUGCGGUGAUCCAGCGCAGAGCCCUGUCCUGAUUGAUCGCAUCGCGGGGCUCAGAUGACUGUAAAAUGAAUAGAUGAAAUUCUUGCUUCUCGAAGAUUUUCUUGGGCAUCUCCGGGAAAGUGCGUUUUAAGGCGAAGUCAUGAUGUAUUCUCCCAUCUGUCUCACUCAGGAUGAAUUUCACCCAUUCAUCGAGGCACUACUUCCACAUGUCCGUGCAAUCGCCUAUACUUGGUUCAACCUGCAGGCUCGGAAACGCAAGUACUUUAAAAAGCACGAGAAGCGAAUGUCAAAGGAUGAAGAAAGAGCAGUCAAAGAUGAGCUUCUCAGCGAAAAGCCUGAAAUCAAACAGAAGUGGGCAUCCAGGCUCCUGGCCAAACUGCGCAAAGAUAUCCGCCAGGAGUACCGAGAGGACUUUGUGCUCACCGUGACUGGCAAGAAGCACCCGUGCUGUGUCUUAUCCAAUCCUGACCAGAAGGGUAAGAUUAGGAGAAUCGACUGCCUGCGACAGGCAGACAAAGUCUGGCGUCUGGAUCUAGUCAUGGUGAUCCUGUUCAAAGGCAUCCCCUUGGAAAGUACCGAUGGAGAGCGGCUCAUGAAAUCCCCACAUUGCACAAACCCAGCACUUUGUGUCCAGCCACAUCAUAUCACAGUAUCAGUUAAGGAGCUUGAUUUGUUUUUGGCAUACUACGUGCAGGAGCAAGAUUCUGGACAAUCAGGAAGUCCAAGCCACAAUGAUCCUGCCAAGAAUCCUCCAGGAUACCUUGAGGAUAGUUUUGUAAAAUCUGGAGUCUUCAAUGUAUCAGAACUUGUGAGGGUAUCUAGAACGCCCAUAACCCAGGGAACUGGAGUCAACUUUCCAAUUGGAGAAAUCCCAAGCCAACCAUACUAUCAUGACAUGAACUCGGGGGUCAAUCUUCAGAGGUCUUUGUCUUCUCCACCAAGCAGCAAAAGACCCAAAACUAUAUCCAUAGAUGAAAAUAUGGAACCAAGUCCUACAGGAGACUUUUAUCCCUCUCCGAAUUCACCAGCUGCUGGAAGUCGAACAUGGCACGAAAGAGAUCAAGAUAUGUCUUCUCCGACUACUAUGAAGAAGCCCGAAAAGCCAUUGUUCAGCUCUACAUCUCCACAAGACUCCUCCCCAAGAUUGAGCACUUUUCCCCAGCACCACCAUCCCGGAAUACCUGGAGUUGCACACAGUGUCAUCUCAACUCGGACUCCACCUCCACCCUCACCGUUGCCAUUUCCAACACAAGCUAUUCUUCCUCCAGCCCCAUCGAGCUACUUCUCUCAUCCAACAAUCAGAUAUCCUCCCCACCUGAAUCCUCAGGAUACUCUGAAGAACUAUGUACCUUCUUAUGAUCCAUCCAGUCCACAAACCAGCCAGCCUAACAGCAGUGGUCAAGUGGUAGGGAAAGUGCCUGGCCAUUUCACUCCUGUCUUGGCACCCUCUCCCCAUCCCAGUGCAGUGCGACCUGUGACCCUGACCAUGACAGAUACUAAACCCAUCACUACAUCCACUGAAGGUGAGGCAGCUUCACCUACAGCGACCACCUACACAGCCUCAGGCACAUCUCAAGCCAAUCGAUAUGUGGGACUAAGCCCAAGAGACCCAUCCUUCCUACAUCAGCAACAGCUGAGGAUUUGUGACUGGACCAUGAAUCAAAACGGCAGGCAUUUAUACCCCAGUACCAGUGAGGAUACAUUGGGAAUUACUUGGCAAAGUCCUGGUACCUGGGCUAGCUUGGUUCCUUUCCAAGUAUCAAAUAGGACACCCAUCCUACCGGCAAAUGUCCAAAAUUACGGUUUGAACAUAAUCGGAGAACCUUUCCUUCAAGCAGAAACAAGCAACUGAGGGGAAAAAAUGAAAUACAACACUAGUUUAAGAAUUUUUUUUAAAAAAAAGGAAAAGAGGAAGACUGGACAAAACAAACAAAACAAAAAGGGAGAAAGGAAGGAAACUGAAGAAAGAAGAUAAUAGACCAGCAAUCGCAGCACUUACAAUCACUAAUUCCCUUAAGGUUGAAACUGUAAUGACAUAAAAAGGGUCGAUGAUAUUUCACUGAUGGUAGUUCGCAGCCCCUGCAAAGUAGCCUUUGUUACAUGAAGUCCGCUGGGAAAUAGAUGUUCUGUCUCUAUGACAAUAUAUUUUAACUGACUUUCUAGAUGCCUUAAUAUUUGCAUGAUAAGCUAGUUUUAUUGGUUUAGUAUCUUGUUGUUUACGCAUGGAAUCACUAUUCCUGGUUAUCUCACCAACGAAGGCUAGGAGGCGGCAUCAGAGGUGCUGGGCGUGACAGAGCCAUGAGCCAGCCAUUUUAUAAGCACUCUGAUUUCUAAAAGUUAAAAGAAAUAUAUAUGAAAUCUCUGUAGCCUUUAGUUAUCAGUACAGAUUUAUUAAAUUUUGGCCCUUAACCCAGCCUUUUCCAGUGUGUAACCCAGUUUGAAAUCUUAAAAAAAAAAAAAAAGAAAAAAAGAGGAAAAAAAGAAAAAAAAAAGGAAAAAAAGAAAAAAGAAAAAAAAAACAGUUUGAACACAAAAGGCUCUAUGGAAGAAAUGCCUCUUUGUAGGUGAAGUGUUAUCUCUGCAUGCAACAGUAAAAAUUAAUAUAAUAUUUUCCCCACAAAAGAAACACUUAACAGAGGCAAGUGCAAUUUAUAAAUUUAUAUCUAAAGGGGGAAUCAUGAUUAUAAGUCCUUCAGCCCUUGGACUCUAAAUUGAGGGGAUUAAAAAGAAUUUAAGAGAAUUUUGAACGAAUUUAUUUUCCCCCUCAGUUUUUGAGGGCAGUAAAAAGGCAUUAAAUCAAGACAAAUCAUGUGCUUGAGGAAAAAAAAAUUUAAUGAAAACACAGCACUUAUGUUGGUUUAGCUGCAGCCUCCUUGGAGGUAGAAUUUAUUUAUUUAAAAUUACUGGUUGCAUCAAGAACCCAUAGGGUGUACAAAAGGUUCUGUAAAAUCUGCAUUCUAGAGACAAAGAGGCAGGCAAAUCCAUGUCACAAGGGUAAAGCUUACGGUUUACAAACUGGGAAUGCCAGGGUGUAGGAUGUAAAAAUGCACUCUUGAGAAAACAGAUGUAAUCAGGGUGCUGAAUACUUGCAUGGUGCUUUCAGACAUUAGCCUUGUUCAACAAACUUCUUGUAUUGACAGAUCUGUAGUGUGCAUGGGCAGACACAUUUUUGCCUCUAUGUCUCUUAAAAUUUUAAUUAAAAAUACUCUUUCCAGUAAUCCUAAUUUGCACGAAGAUAUAAUGUCCACAUUACGUGCCUUGCCUUGAAAUCUAAAAAACAAAAAAAAAAAACUACAAAAAAAACCACAAAAAAGUGACAUCACUACACUUGUUUUGCUGCAUUUAUUAUCAUUUUAAAUCUUUACCAUUUUUAUGACAAAAUAUUUUGUACUCCAGACGAAGAAAAAUGUGUGACAUCAUGGAUUUUUUAGACAGUUAUACCUUUAUCUCACAUUUAUAAAGCAUAUCAUGGCUGUGUAUAGUUGCCGCUUAAAAAUUGUAAUCGACCAGCAAUAUUUUCAGUAUUUUGGUGUUUUUUCUAUUAACCUUUCAUGUUUUUCAUCUUCCAAUUAAUAUUUGGGGGGGAGGGGUUUCAAAUUUAUACGAAUUAUGCAAUACCAAGUUUUGCCUAUGUAGGUAGUGCUUUUAGCUGUAUUGGUUAUUAUAGGUAAGUACACAGAUUUAAAAAAAAAAAUAAUGUAUGCUUUUUUUGUUUGUUUGUUUGUUUUAAUUGACCAAAGUGGGUACUGCUAUUUUUGCAGUGUGAUGAGGUCCUUUUGUGUACUGAGAGAUGGACAGGGGAUUUUUUUAAUAUACAUAUAUAUAUAUCCUGGGGUGGGUGGGAGGAUUUUUAACACUUUACAGUGUAGCUGUGAAGCAGUGCACCCUGAGACGGGCCUGGGCUGCAAAGCGACUGUUCUGCCUACUGUGACAAACUUCAACUUAAACACAGCUUCCCUCUCUCGAACUCCCCACCUGGGGUGCAAGCUGAACUCAUUUCUGGUUUUCAUAACAACAAACAGAGUAAGAACAAGUGAACACAACCAGUUCUCCUGGAGGCAGACUUGGCUUAAAACAAAUGGUCUUAUCUUUCUGUUGUUGUUGUUGGGGGUGGUCGUUUUUCUUGAAAGUUUCGGAUCCACAGUGGAGAAUGAGCCUGUCUCGUAUUUGGCAAACAUAGUUGUUGAAAAGUACAUUGAGCACAUGUUUCGACUUUAGGGGUUUAACACCUGAGUCUACUUUCUCCUCUAAAAUCUGCCAUCCUGCUGGAGGGGGUGCUCCCAUAUCCUUUCCCCACCACUUCUCUUCCCCAUUUCAUUUUGUGAACAGUAGUCUGUGAUUUACCUGUGUCUCACUACUUCAAGUGGAUGGUAGUACGCUUGGAAAAAAGAUAUAUUAUUUAAAUAUCCAGAAUAUUGAACAGAGGGUUGCUAUUAUUAAAUGUAUUCGGACUUCUAACUUUGAUUAAAAUCAAAGUUCAAUUUUUAAAGAACAACAAAAAUAAAUAAAUAAAUCUUGUUAAGUUUUCAUUUUACCUGCCCUUUUAAACUGAGAACCCGAGCAGAAGGGAAAUAGUGAAUUUUAAGAAAUGAAUUUUCCUGUGGAUGAAUUAAGCCCAUUAGAGGCUGAUGGGAUUUUUUUUUUUUUUUUAAGGGAUGGUACCUCAAAUAUAUAUUGGAUUUAAUUUCCCUGGAGGGCUGGAGGGUGAAUGGAGGCUGGUUCUACUUUACUUCUCCCAACUGCCCCCCAGUUCCAUUGAGGGAAUUCAUUACUAGAAGGAAGCUCUUUUAGAAUUAGUGACGCAUGGUGGGCUGCCAUGAGGAGCCCCCUGACCCCCUUCCCCCAGGCCAUGGCCUAAUAAAAUAAACUGUCUAUUGUUCUCACAGCAUAUCAUUUAAUGAUGAAGACUUUAGAACAAUGCUUACGGGCCUGAGAAUUGUAUUUGAUUAGCCCAUUCAGUUUGAUAGCCCCAAUGCUGAAAAGCACAGCAGGAUCAUGGCAGUGCAAGUUCAAAAGUAAGUUCAGUCAUUUUUGUGAUGACUUGCCCUGGUAGAAAACAGAUCAUCUCAGCCAAGCUCUUCAGGUCUCCAACCUAAUAGGUGAACAAAUCCACCUCACAGGACACACAGUAUUUUUUCAAGAGCAGAUUUGCUCUCUUUUUUAAAAUUUUUGCCAGUGAAUGAGCAGCUCUAGCUGCAUAAGUUACACACUGUGGGUAUUCCUGCCUGCCUCUUGAAUACAAAAGCCUAGUUCAAGUGUUGCUUUUUUUAAAAUCAUUUUUUUUUUCUCCCUUCCCUUUGAGAUAAAACUCUUUAAAAAGAUCCUACUCUCUAUAUAAUCUCAAAUCCAUUUUGGCCUCCUUCUCUUUUUACCAGGAAGUAUCUUGUGACUAAGGGCCCCCCUCUUGCAGGUCUUGCACGCCCCUCCCCUCCCCAGAAUUGCAGAGCUACAGGAUGGUGAAGGUCACCCAAGGGCAUCAGUAGGGGGUGGCGUCUCCAGCCCCUGGCUCCAUGGCACUGUUCAACUUUCCUUGCGUUGCUUUGCAGCCCACCCCUCACAGUGCCUCUGAAGUGUUUCCUCUGGAGUAACAUGAGCGUUUGAGGGCUUGUCUAAGGAGAAGAAAAGAAUAAGGCAGUGAAGGAGACUGUACAUAAAGACAUGGCAAAAAUCGUAAUUAUAGCAAUAUAGUUAUGGGGUAAUGUUCGGGUGGGCAGCUCCAUUUAAAAAAAAAUAUGUGAAUGAAUCUGUGAAGCUGCGAGUAGCAAGAAGAGCGAAAGGUCUUCUUCACAAACCGCCUACCUUGUAGACAGUAAUUUGUACACUGUAUAGUUUUGUUAAGAAUUUUUUUUUAAAUUAAAAUUCCCAUGUUUGUAAAGCUAACUUUUUAACAAUUAUAAUGGAACUAUAUGUUGUUUCCAUUUUUAAAGUAAACAAGAAUAUUCCUUGUUUGGAGACUGGACUUGAGUUAAAACUCUCCAGGCUCUUAAGUUAUGUAUUAAAAAAGAAAAAAAAUCUGUCCAUGUUAGGAGUUAUUUCACAGAUUCCUGUGCUUGAAAAGCAUAGGAUACUAAUCCUUUAAAAAGUGUAAAUGGAGAAAAGUUAUAUUUUAUGAAGGUUAUUUUGUUGUAUUUAGUAUUGGAAAAGUUGGUUUUCAGAGCAUUUCAGAAUGUCGGAAGCACCACUGUCUUUUUAUUAGUAUAAACGGCCUUUAGCAAAAGUUUUUGUGAUUGUUACGUGAUGGUAUUUAAGGUUGUUUCACAGAGCAUUCAGGAUAGGCAGAAAAUGACAAAACAGUGCUAUGUCUCACAUAACGUGUCCUCAGGGAGCAGAAUCUUGGAUUUGUGACUUGUAGCUUCAUAAGGACUCAACAAAAGAGAUUGCACAGGGACAUUUCAGCAGUGUGACACCAGGACAUAUGUUCUUUACCUAGAUUCAAACUCUAUGUAUCGUGUGAAACGAUGAAGGCUGCAGAAAGUUAUCCCAUAUUCAGUGUACAGUAUUCAUUUUUAAUGAAACAACUACAAUAUUGCUGGCAGAUAGGCCCCAAGCAUGCCAUUCAAUAUAGUUUACAUGUUCCUGUCAAGGUCUUUGGUUAACAUUAACCAGCUGCAUGCUUCCUGGACUUUAAAAAAUUGGGUUUCUAUAGAAAACUUCUUUUUUUUUUUUAAUGUGCAGGCUAUUCAAGUUCAAUAGUAAAAGCUUAAAAUUGAAUGUUCUACUCCAUGCUGAAGGAGCUGAAAGCUACCUUCUUCAUUUUUUGCACUUUCUGGUAGUUCCCCUGUUUUUUUCUAAUUCCUUAUGAAAUUGUGUGGGUGGGGUGGAGCACUGCAGUUGGGGGGUAACAUGGACCACUGAUUUUUGCCCUUUGACCCUGCACAAUGACCUUUGCAUCAGCCAAACUCAUUGCCAUGACAACUCUUUGUACUGUGUCCGUGCCACAGAUCUGUUGGUGACAUUGUUCAUAUAGUCAAAGGGGACAAGUUGGAGACGGUCAAUUUUUACUUUUUUUUGUUGUUGUUGUUGCAAUUCUUUCUUCAAUGGUUGUAAGUAGUUUUUUUUUUUUUUUUUUAAAUAAUAAAAGGGUUCACUAGUUAAGACUCUUUAGAAAUAUCUGUGUGUUGCAAUUCAAAUGUAUGUUGAGAUUGUGAAAAGGCUUCAGUGGCACUAGCCUACCAGCACGCCAGCCCCAGCCUCUGAUAACUUUGAUUGCAUGAUCAGUACCGGUAAUAAACGGUGGCCUAUGUACACAGAAGACAGUGUGAGCUAGUGACACUAAAGCCGGUCUUGCAUUACUGUAUUUUUGACAGAAUGGUUUUGAAAACUGUGCUACAGGGACUGAUGUGGCAAAUAUAUCUUUUUAUGCAGAAGGAAGUCUUUUUUUUUUUUUUUUCAAGAAGUAUGGCUUAUUAUGCAUUCUUCAUCGAGGGCAUUGAAGUUGCAUGGACUGAAAAAAGUUGAUGCAAAACGAGAAAGAAACAAACAAAACAAAACAAAAAAAAAACCAGCAAAAUGUUUACCAAAAAACUCAAACAAAUGAGCAGUGCCUGUUCAAUUUCACAGUCUCUGUUGAGUUCAGUUGUAAAUAUGUUUCAAAUGACAUUUUCUUGGAAAAAAAAAAUAUCUCUACAACAUUGUAGAAUGUGAGGGGUAACUCCAUCCCAGGAAUAGGCUUCUCAAAGCUGCAGUAGAUUAUGUCUUCAUCAAGCUGUUAAUUUGUGCUUAUAUCAUAUAGAACUUUUAGCAUCCUGGGAAGAGAUGCCCCCACCUCAAUGAUAUUUCUCUGAGAACAACUUUUGUAGGACUGUGUGUUUCUUUAGAUACAUUUAGUACAACUGUAGGUGACGAGUAGUCAGUUAUUGCUUGCUAGCUACACACCAGGGUUGAUCCAUUUUAAAACUUUUGGCAUUUUGUCCUCAUGGGCCAUAAUUACAGAACCUUGUGUUUUAAUUAAAUUUUUCAAAAAAGAGGCACAUGCACAAUCUCCGUGUAACAAACCUUUAGCAGUAGGAUGUAUUAUAUGACAGUUACUUAAUUUCUGGCAUUCAGACCGCUGGGAUCAGCCUCAGAAGGGGCCAGAAUGUUAGCGAAGGUUUUAUUGUGCCCGGUUGGAGGAUAAUGUUCUUUGGGUACUUUUUGUGGGUUGCAAAUGAACUCAAUUGCCACAAGUUUUAAACUGGUGUAAAUCAAGCUUGACUUAAUGUGAUUGUUACUGUUAUAUCCAGCCUAUACUGCUAGCAGCUGCUCAUACUGCAGUCAAUUACUGGAAGCAGAUAUAUUUCCUAUGCAAAAACUGUUUAAACAAUAAAAUGAGCUAUGCUACAGA